GCUGUGCAAAGCACUGCUUCCGGCAUCAGCACUCCAGACUGAAGGCCCAUACUUGCUUCUUGUGGACUGGAUGCAAAAGGUUUGUAAAAAUUUCUGUCUCCUUGGGCAGAGAAGAAAUGGACCCACAAACCUGCAUCUGCAAGUGCAAUGUCUGGAAGGAAGAAAGGGAGGGAGGGAAGGAGGGAGAGACAGAGCAAAUAUCUGAACUGUGACUUUUGUUCUCUCUGGAGAAGAGUUUUUUCUAAUUUUCUUCUUUCUUUGAAAAAAAUAAACAAAAGCAGGCAGCAGAACAUGUUCUGUCAAGUUCUGACCCAACUGUUUUGUGCAACAGUACUGAACAAAGGGAAGUUUGGGGUGCUGUUAAACUUUCCCAGCACACCCACUGCUAAUCCUGUACUGGGGUACAGUCCUCCCUUUCCUCUCCCCUGACAAACUUUGCUGAUUAGUUUCUGUCUUCACACCCAGGCUGACUUCUGCACCCUGAUCUCCAAACAGUGACCUCAUUGCCUUGUUCAGCUGGUGAGAAACUACAGUAAAAUGGAAGAGGUAAACAAAGUGGGGGGAACUAAUGGCCGGAAGAUUUAGGAGGUAGGAAUCUGCUCCUUGCUAUCCUGCUCCCAUUGUGUGCCUGAGCUUGAGAAAGUGCAAGCUGAGUCUUGACAAGCUCUUUUCUGUAACGGUUCCUCUGGAAACUCAGCUCAGUCCUCCAGAUGGUGACUUGGGACAGACAGACCGCAAAUUAUACGCCAAAUAGUACUAGACCCACGCUCCUGUCACUGCUACAAAUUCUGUACAGUACUGGAAUUCACCCACCUUCUGCAGCAGGAGCUCUUCAUUCCCAGCCCAACUGUCUCACCAAGAUCUAAAUAUUAAAAACAAAAGCCUGUGUUUUCAGUCAAGCUGAAUUUGUGUCCGUUUGGUGCAGCCAGCAGUGUGCCUACCUCUAGCUGAGCUGCAGUUCAUGCUCACACCGAUUAGAGAAAUAGCAUUAACAGCACUCUGCCUAUGAGGAGUAUGUUCAAUACUCCUACACAAUGCAGCCUUCAAUAUCCUCCUUUUGGGAAAUGUUUCAAAGUGUCACCCCAUCCCUGACCCUGACAGACACCUCCAGGUUCUGGCCAGCAGCAGCUCAACUCACAUUUGUCUUCCCCGACACUCAGUAAACACCUUUGUGUCCCUUUUCUUUAGAGGAAGGGGUCUUGCUGAGCUCACCCUGAAAUAUAUCUCCCUGGACAAAAGGGCUGAAAGGUUAAGGAGCUCCAGGGGGUGGUUCAGCAGGGAGUUGGGGCAGUUGCCUGCCAGAACCAAAGCUAUAAAGGCAGAGAGGGGCUAGGGACCACAUCCAACACGGAUGCUGAGAGUCCUGUCUUGCCGCCCACCAGCCCUGGGCUAAAGAUGCUGGGGCUUCGGUCGUGGCCUUGCUCAUUUUUCCUCUUCUUGGUUCUGCUCUCUGCCAGCGUUCAGACUGUGUCCUUACCAGGACAGAGGCUACAGAUGCUCCUUUCACGACUGCUGCCCCUGGAGUCCGAGUCCACACUGACAGAAGAGGACACGAAGGAGGGAUCCAGCUUUGGUCCUCAGCUGCUCUCCUCCACUCUCCCCUUCCUCCCAUCUGGGGCUAGAGCUGCCCGUCCAUCCCUCUGGCGCAAGAACCUCGCCAGUCGCAAGUGGGCACUGCCUGGAGAUUGGGCCUGGAAGGCCAUGCCCAGGGGUUGCUUCGGGCUGAAACUGGACCGAAUCGGGACCUUCAGUGGUUUGGGGUGUUAGCUUCGGAGGGCCUCCGAGGUGAGGGAGCCAAGCGUGUGGGCUCGAGCAAGCGGGCAGGGAAUAAGUUCAGGGCAGAGUUGAGCGCACAGACAGCGAAGGGAUGGGGCAGCGGGGCAGGCUGUGGGGCCACCACCUGCCAGCCGCCGGGGAAAAAGGCCGGGACCGGGGCCGCCCCGUGCUGCCGGCGCGGCGCUGGGGCCGGCCGGGGCGAGAGCAGGCGGGCGGGACACCGCUGGGCGGCUCACCAGGCCCGCUUCUCCGCAGCCGGAGGGCAGCCAGCCUCGGGAACCAGCACCGGCUCGGGAACCAGCACGACGCACCGCUGCGCGAAGCCCAGAAGCUCCCGGCCCGGAAAAGGGAGGCUGCGGCAGCGAGGAAGCGGCGCGGCAGUACGAGCAGGAGCUGCCCGGCUCCGCAGCUGCCCGCCGCGGCCGCCGAACCCCCGCUCCCCGUGCCUGAGGACUCGCUCAUUAAAAAAGCUG